AUGGCAAUCAACCAGAAACCCAUCGUCAGCGAUAAUACUACCAAUCCAGUAGUGGACUCGACUUCUGCCAUGGGGAUCGGUUGCCUCGCUCUAUCCACCGUCCUCGGCGACAAAGUCUCAUUUCCCCCCACCCAUCACUACAAAUCAUGCACAGACUCCUAUUUCUCGCAACAAAACUCCAACCUCCAGCCUCUGUGCAUCGUCUCCCCGACCACCGUAGAAGAGGUCUCCACAGCCAUCAUCACCGUCACAAACAGCCACUGCCAAUUCGCCAUCCGCUCCGGCGGCCACACCAGCUUCGGCGGUGCUUGCAACAUAGCCGACGGCAUCACCAUCGACCUGCGCGCGCUCAAUUCCAUCACCCUCAGCGAUGAUCGCUCCACUGUGUCAGUCGGUGUCGGCGCUUCCUGGGGCGACAUCUACGCUUUUCUUGAUCCGCUAGGUCUCUCCGUCGCGGGCGGACGAGCUGCGCAGGUCGGCGUGGGCGGGCUCACCAUCGGCGGGGGAAUCUCCUACUUUUCGCCGCGGUACGGCUGGACCUGCGACACAGUAACAAACUUUGAGGUCGUACUUGCGAACGGGACGGUCGUGCAAGCGAACGAGAAAGAAAACCCCGACCUCCUGGUGGCAUUGCGCGGCGGCGCGGCGAACUUUGGCAUCGUUACGAGGGUUGAUUUCCGUGUGUUUGAACAGGGUCCUAUCUGGGGCGGAACUGCUUAUUACUCUCUUGACACGAUCGACGAGCAGCUGCGCGCGUUUGCGGAUCUGAACUCGGCGGAGGGGUAUGAUGAGUAUGCGUCGCUGAUUACCAGUUUUGGGUUCGCGAAGGGAAAGGGCGCGGCGGUGGUCAAUAGCAUUGUGUAUACGAAAGCUGAGGAGCGGCCCGCCGUCUUUGAGCCGAUUCUGAAGAUCCCGUCGCUGUUCAGCACGAUGCGUGUCAGGAGCAUGCAUGAGAUGUCGCUGGAGCAGGGGUCGUUUGCACCGAAUGGGAAGAGGCAAUUGUCUGCCGUGACGACGCAUGCGUCGACCGUCCCCAUGCUCAACGCGACGUAUCUACGGUGGAGUUCCAGUUUGGCGGCCAUCGAGAAUGUUCCUGGCAUUGUGUGGUCCCUCUCGUUGGAACCGCUCCCACCUGCGAUCUAUGCUCGGGCUUCUACUACGAAUUCCAUGGGUCUGUCGCAGGCUUCUGGCUCCCUGGUCGUCACGCUCCUCAGUGCUACGUGGGACGAGGAGGCAGACGAUGCGAAAGUUGAGCAAGCCGCGCGCGCACUCUUUGCUGGGAUUGAAGACGACGCGCGCAAGUUGGAUGCCUACGAGCCAUACGUCUAUCUAAACUACGCGGCCGAGUGGCAGAAUCCGAUCGCGACCUACGGGAAGAAGAGUGUCGAGAAGCUGCAGCGAGUGAGCCAGGUCGUAGAUCCAAAGGGGAUCUUCAAGAACAAGAUGCCUGGUGGUUUCAAAGUCCCUUUUACAAGUAACUAG